AUGGCCGCCACGUUCUCCGCUCCAAAGCUGCCAGAGCAGCAUCUAUCACAACUGGCGUUUUCACCGGGUAUCGACCUCGUCGCCGGCGGCCGCAACAAGAAGACCAAGCGCACGGCGCCCAAGUCCGACGAUGUCUACCUCAAGCUCCUCGUCAAGCUCUACCGCUUCCUUGUGCGCCGGACAAAGAGCAACUUCAACGCCAUGAUCCUGAAGCGGCUGUUCAUGAGCAAGACCAACCGCGCGCCGCUCUCCAUGCGCCGCCUCGUUAAGUUCAUGGAGGGUAAGGGUGAUCAGAUCGCCGUGAUUGUGGGCACCGUGACCGACGACAAGAGGAUCAACGAGGUGCCGGCGAUGAAGGUGUGCGCGCUCAGGUUCACUGAGACAGCGAGGGCCAGGAUCAUCAAUGCCGGUGGAGAGUGCCUCACCUUCGACCAGCUCGCGCUCCGUGCCCCGCUUGGGCAAAACACGGUUCUCCUGAGGGGACCUAAGAAUGCCAGGGAAGCUGUCAAGCACUUCGGCCCUGCACCAGGAGUGCCACACAGCCACACCAAGCCAUACGUUCGCUCAAAGGGGAGGAAGUUUGAGAAGGCAAGAGGAAGGAGGAACAGCAGGGGCUUCAAGGUCUAA